AUGCAAACCACAGACAAGGUGCACCCGCUGACAACAUGCAACCAUAGAAAAGCAACCACAUAUCAGGCGCGCUCACAGUUGAGGAUUGUCAUCGUUCGCGCGAAACCCCCCCCCCCCCCCCCCCACACAAUACCCCACCACCGCCCCCCCGCCCCUGUCGCGUCGGCCGCUCGCCCCCGAACGGUGACGAAACGCCGUAAUGCGGAAACUUCCGGAAAAUCGGCCAUCGUCGUCUACCGGGACGAAUGCGCGCGAAGAUCGGUAAUGCCCCCCCUCUGCUUCCCGGCUACGGUCCGUCGGUCGAGGUCCCACGCGGUCGUUGCCGCGUUUUUACCGUCGCCCGUGGAACGCAGACGAAGCUCGGCG